AUGAGUUCACAGUCAGUCGCGCACUCUAGUGUUCAGUCCAAUGAGGAAAGUUCUUCGAAACAGGCUAUUACCAACUCUUUAUGCGAUGCAGCCGCAGAUGAAAGAUUAGAGGAUGUGAGACUACUUCUGGACCGUGGCGCAGAUAUCAAUGCUCGGUCAAAAUAUCGGGUCAACGCUCUAGAGGCAGCAAUAAUAAGAAAUAACGAGCAGAUUGUGAAGCUACUUCUGGACCGUGGUGCCGAUGUCAAUGCUCAGGGUGGAGAUUAUGGCAAUUCUCUGCAGGCAGCAGCAUAUAAAGGAUCAGAACAGAUCGUGAAGCUACUUCUGGACUAUGGUGCUGAUGUCAAUGUUCAGGGUGGACAGUAUGGCAGUGCUCUGCACGCAGCAUUAUAUCAGAGAUCAGAGCAGAUUGUGAAGCUACUCUUAGACCACGGUACAGACGUCUCCAUCCAACCACUACUUGUGGAUCGGCUCUCUAUACUUCAUUUGGGCAUUAUGUCAAACAAACUUUCCUUAUUGGAGAUGUUGUGUUGUGCAGGCGCAGAUAUUCACUUGAUUUCACAAGACGAAUCUGGCCAAACACCUCUCCAUUUAGCCGUCAGAAACAAAGACUUUGAAAUGGUCAAAUAUAUUCUUGAGAGAGGCGCUUCACCUGACACCCCGGAUUUAAGCGACACUACGCCAUUCCAGUUGGCCAUGUGCACUCGAAAUCGUGAGAUAGUGCUUUUACUCUAUCCGAAAGUCAAACAUGGCCUGUCAUCAAUAAGCGCUUCUGAUUGGCGAAAGUGUUCCAGUCUAGAGCACGUUUCUGAUAUUGAGAUCGUUGGUGGUAAGACGGCCAAUAUUAAUCUUGGAAAUACUUUGUUGGAACGGAAAAUUAGUAAUUUGGCAUAUCCUCUUCCAGUGAAGACGAUGGAGAUAACGAUUGAAAUGAACGACUUCCUCAAAGACGAAGUCAAUAUAAAGCGAAUAUUUGCUCUUGGGGAUGGUUCUGUCUUGCGUUCACAGACACCGUUUAGCUCUUACUGCCGUUGGUGGUACAGGACGAAACUUAUCGGCUUCUAUCAUCAUUGGAAAAUUCGAUUGAACUCAGCACCAAGCCCCACCACCAUCCGACAGAGUUCAGGGAAAGACUGCUUUCUACAAUCUGGUUUGAGUCUUGCUUGUCAUGUCUUACCGAAACACAUGGAGGAUUGGACUGAGAGUUUCCAGCUUUCGCAGAGACUCUUGAGGUCCCUUGAGGUAGAUCAAGGAAUCAUGUGGAUCAUGCGACGUUCUUCGUCAAAGAGUAUCGGCUCACAUGUGAAUGUACCACUGUUGCAAUCUCAAAUAUACUUUAGCACCUCGGAAUACGCACAACUACCAACAUAUGCAACGGACCUGUUCGUUCCACUAGUGCAGAAACUACAAGACAUCUGGAAUGAUAAUAUGGCUGGAAUGCAAAGACGACUCCUGACUCUGCGGUCCAAAGUCGUGAAGUUAAGUGGAAAUAAUCCUGAUCUGAUUGGAUAUCUUCUUAACGAAGUUCAACUGCUGGAAGCUCUUCACAACAACCUCAAAAAGCAGCUCGAAACCCUGCAAACAUUCCACAGACAAUACUUAAGCGAUUCAUGGAAAGUGCUCUACGAGCAGCCUUCUGAUCAAGUAAGAGAGGUGAUGGAUAAGUUUCGGGAUGAAAUAGAGAUUUUGGAAAAGAAUGGGGAGAACAAAGUGAAAAGUCUUACAGAUCUGUCCCAAAACGUCAUACAGCUGGAAUUCAACUUGACCUCCAUAUCAGAGGCGCAGAAAUCUACGUCCACCAACAGGAGCUUGAAACGCCUCACUUGGAUAACGUUCAUUUUCCUCCCUCUGUUGUUCAUUUCGAGUUUGUUCGGGAUGAAUGUGGAUAUAGUGGCAAACAACCCUGCGUGGUGGUGGUAUCCAGUUCUAGCUGGUGGUGUCACCGCCUUCACCUUCUCUGUCUGGAUCAUCUUCAAACGGAGCAACACUGUGGCUAGAGGGCAGCCUGGAAACCAGAUUCAAUUGGCUCUUUCGAAAGAAAAGGAAAGAACCAGAUCCUGA